AUGGCUAUCAACUGGAAACUACGAGAGAGUGUGUUUCGACUGCUUGCUGCCGUUUAUGCGGAGCUUGGUGAGGCUGCUGUAAGUGCUCCUGAGGGCCACGAUGCAUGCCCAUUGGCAGAACUGAUCGAUGCCCAGUUCAAAGGUCGAUAUUCUAGCAUUGCCAAAUUCUAUGGCAACGACGCAACCUACGAUGCUGUCAAAUCUUUCUUCGCAAAGGAGAUCUCCAGGGCUGCCGAGGACCUUCAUCGUCAAAAUCCAGGCACCCAACCCACAAAUAGACCUCUGGCGCAGAAAUCAUCAGCUUCACGGUCGUCGUGGCGGACUAUGCAUCUUGACUUCAACGAGCAGGACAUUAGCUUCGUUAGUGAGAGAGAGGUCGAGGUACAUUCCAGACAUGCAUUGCAGAGACCACCAAAGCGCCCUCGAAUUUCGGAAUAUCCCCAACCGCAUGUCGAAGAAUUAGGAGAACAAGAAGGCCAACCAGCAGAAUUCCAUUCAGCACCAGAGUUUUCACCUUUACCGAUGACGAACGGCGUGCACAACGGUUUCCAGGCUGUCAACGAGCGAUAUACAUCUCCUCAAGCUCAGACUAAUGAGAACCAUAACUCAAAUGUGCGAAACCAGUCCGUGCAACGCGAACGCCGAAUGCCCACAGCACCACGCGAGCUCACAUCCAACUCGACAGAUCCAAGCUACGUACCAUCACCCAGUCCAAUAUUUGCAACGCCAAAACGAACCGGAGCAGCACCGAAAAAACGACCAUACAAAGAAAUCCCAGGUUGCAAUCUUGGGUACCAGACAGUCUCGUCGUCCUCGCAGCCCGCUUCCGACUUGACACAGGAGCCCGAAUCAUUCGGCUACGUGUCCAAUGCCGGCCUUUUUCGCUGUGCACUGUGUUUCAGUCAGCUCCCCACUCAAGACGCACUAGACAGACAUGAGGCCAGGAGUCAGCUACACCUGCGGAACCUGCAAAACCCAGCCAUUGUCUCCAAGGGCAGAGCAAAACUUGGACAAGUCGCUGCACUACCUCAUCAAUCAUCGGACGGCCCAACAGCAUCUCGACCCUUGAAACUGGGAGGCUUUGGUGACCGAGGCGGGCGACACAUCAAUAUCGGUCCAAGUCUCAUAAGGGGCUUCACCGACCAAGAUCAUCCACCACACCGCCGGGAGAACAUGGCGAACUCGUCGAGAGCCAUGGAUACCAUUGAAGCCCUCCCUCGGACAUCAAGAUCACCGCCUUUACAGAUAGAUACGGCAGCAGAAGGCAACGAUACUGCGCAACCAUCGGAAUUUGAGCCAGAAGUGGAGAACAUGGUCGACAAGGGAAAACGGCGUGCUUCUCCCUAUCCAACUUCCGCGGCUCAAUCGUACCAGACAGCACCGCUGAAUGCUACAUCACAGGCCGCACACCCACUCAAUGAAGAUGAAUCCAUCAGGCCGAAUUUAGCAAAUGCUGACCAAAACGACACUACAAACACAGCCACAAACGCUAAGCCUCGGGCCACCAAACCUCCAUCCCGUCUGCGUCCUCUAGAGGUCGCGGAAAUCCUCCGGCUGACUGGCAUUCGCCUUGCGGAGAAGUACAUCGCAGAGCACCCAGAUUUGAUCGCGCAGACCAUGGGAAGAGUCCAGCGCGAAUUCACUGCGGCUUCAGCCUCUGUAAAUGCCAGUGUGGGCUCGGUCAGUGUAGAGCCAACGAUUAAAGGCGCGAGAGAUGGUAAGGUGGACAUCAACAGGUGUGAACAAGUCAACGAUUAUGCCGGGAGGAGAGGGGAAAGAGCCAGGCCUAGGAAUACGGCUAUGGACGUGGAUGUAGUCAUCCUCGAUUGA